ACACUGCUUCAACGUCGUUCAAUACCAUCAGCCAUAAAACAGGCAAUACAAUACUACGACACUUAACAAUCAAAUAUUCAACGAAAGGCAGGAUAGGCUGUACGACCAUUGUUCUGCUUCACUGACUAGACCUCUUCAACCUGCUUGGUGGAGCAUGAAAUAUUUGAUCUCCCUCGCUGCCGAUCACAAAUAGAAACAGUCACUUGUACUUUAAGUGUACGAUAACCCGAACUUCUCAUUAAAACAGAGUGCAAAUCUGUUCUUUAACUUUACGCAAAGUGUACUUCAGGUCGGUGAUACGUGCAAGGCGUUCAACUCAUCUCAUUUUAACGCCUCCAUCUGAUAAGAGAUCCAUAUGCUCGUUCAAGCAAAAUUCGCAUCACUUUGAGCGAUUCGGGAACAAGAUGUCAAGUCCGUCUCCAUUCGCGGCCAGGGGAUUAGGCCCUCCACCUUCCCUUGAUGGCCUAUCUCAGUUGCUUUCUGAAGCAAAUGGUAACCCCAGAGCGUCUGCACCACCAGCUCCUUCCUCAAGUAUGCCGCCACCCUCUUCAACAGCAAGGGUGAAGUCUGUUCAUCCCAUCAAUACAGCUAGCGCCAACUCAUUCUCUGCGGCAAAUAAUGGUACAGAUACUACCAAUGGGGCAGCAUAUACGCCUACAUCUUCUUCAAUCCUAUCACCAAAUCAUCCUUACAAUUUGCGCAAACAAGCAAAGACUCAUUUGGACGCUUCUUUCAGCGUAAAGAGUUAUAUUGGCGCUGCCAAUGCCUUGUUGGAAAAAGCACGUUCAAGUGAUGCACAAGGUCAGCCCGAACAAGCAUUCGUCAAUUAUCUCAAAGCAGCCGAUGUGGCAGCCAAUAUACCCAAACAUGCUGAUUGGCAAAAGACGUUGGAACAACGUGGUCCGACAUACUUUCGUUAUCAAGAUUUCAUGAAAAAUGUGCCGGACAUCAUUCAGAGAGGACAUAGAUUGGAAGAAUUACUGCAAGCCAGAGAAGAAAGCAGAGCACAGGAAGCAAAGAAUGCUUUACAGGAGCAACAACAGGAAAGCAAGAUAUUUGUGGAAACGGAACCUGAAGAAGGUGCAGUUGGCGGAACAGAUGCUAUCACCGAUCAGACUGCUGCUCAGAUGGAUUCAUUGGCCAGCAGACUAGGUGCUCUUCGUGCAAAUGGAGGUGCGGAUAAUGUAGAAGCAAGGAAACGAAUGACAUUGCCUGGAUCUGCCGCGAUGGGCUACACUCCUUCGAUGGAUGGAGCUACUUCUUCGCAGCCACAGUCAGCUUCAAAUUCACCAAAUCAUAUGCCAACCAGCGUGCGGACUGGACUUCCUAGUCCUAGAUUGGAAAAGUCUGGUUUUAUCGGGCUCAAUGACGGUCAGCCUGUUGGACCAGAUAUGCAGCCAACAUACAUACCAACGCAGUCUGAAUUCAACAAAUCGUAUCCUACCUUGGACGAUUUUGAGUCGCAACAUCCUAGACCGGAUACGCCGUCUAGGCCUUUACCUGUUCCUCCAUCCCAAGCAGGCCGUCCUUCAAAAACUUCGGUAUCGAUUCCGCCCAAACGUGAGAUAAGUGUUGAGGAUCUUUUCCCUUUGCUAUAUCCUGGAUAUGAUAACGUGAAUGAUCCAAAAACAGGACAGACUCGAGUAGUCAAACGACAAGGACCUCGAAUUUUGGUGAUUGACAUUCGUUCAAGGCGUGAUUGGGAGAGGUCAAGAAUGAAAGGAGCAGAUUCGAUCAAUGUUGAUCCUUCAAAUGUUCAAUCUGUAAUGACUUUAGAAGCGAUUGGCGCACAACUUGCAACGGCGCCUGAACAACAUGCAUUUGCGGAAAGGAAUGCAUACGAUAUCUGGCUCUUGUGUGAUAGAGAUGGUCGAGGAGCAAGUAAUGGUUUGAUCGAUAGAGUGUACAAGGGUUUGAUGGAAGAUGGAUCCCGUUCAGCGCCGGAUCAGAUACCGAUGGUGCUUGUUGGCGGUGUGGAAAGGUGGUCACGCAAAAUUGGGGAAGGUGGCAUGCAAGGUGAAAGCGGCAUCGAUGCUGGACGAGGAAAGAGCGGAGAAGCACCGACUUCUGAUGCAGUCAAUGGUGAUGGCCGUUCAAAGAGACAAGCGAUGUACAUCUCUACACCACCACCUUCGCUGAUUCCUGGUCACAUGGCUGGUAGUCAGGCGUCAAUGAAUGGCAGAAGCGGUGUGAAUGGAAUGAGCUAUGGAUCAGGAAUGGAUAUGGGCGAUUCGCUUUCGAUGCCUGCUCGAGCUUAUCAAUCUGGAGGGAAUACCGCCUCGCAUACGGGAUUGCAAUCCAGUAGCAUACAUGCAAAACAACCACACAUUCCACUUUACGCCAAUAAUGCCAACAUGAGCUCUCCGCCGGUACGACAAAGUACAGGUACAUUUGAUUAUCCUCAACUGAAUGCACAACUGCAGAAGAGACCGAUGUUCAACAACGCAUCCCUUCAUGCUCCACCCUUGCCGCCUCCUGCCCCAACGGCAGCUUCAAGUGGGCUGGGCAUGCGCUCACCAUCGCUUGAAUCAGCAGGAAGGAUGUCAAUGGACCUGAGCCGCCGUCCACCGAUUCCAUCGCCUUAUAGUGGGCCGCCGAUGAGCUCAGCUGCUGCUGCAACCAGGCUUCACCAUUCUGCGACUGGGAACAGCGUACCUCGAUCCAAGAGGAUGGAAGAUAAUAUACGCAUAGGCAUGACUGGUUUGAAGAACGUUGGCAAUUCGUGUUAUAUGAAUUCAACACUUCAAUGUUUGAGCGCAACUAUUCCUCUCUCUCGAUUCUUGUUGGAUGGUUCGUACAAGAAGGCGAUCAAUCGGGUGAAUCCGUUAGGCACUCAAGGUGCUCUAGCUGAAGCAUUUGCGCAACUGAUUCGGGUGAUGUGGUCAGAGAAUUACACUUUUGUAUCCCCUGUCACGUUUAGAGAGGCUAUCACACGUUAUGCUCCUGCUUUCCGUGGUUGCGAUCAGCAUGACGCUCAAGAAUUUUUGGCAUUUUUGUUGGACGGUCUUCAUGAAGAUUUGAAUUACGUCAAGCAAAAGCCGCCGCCGGUAGAAAUGACGCCUGAGCGUGAACACGAAUUGGAGAUUCUACCACAACAAAUUGCAAGCGUGAAGGAAUGGCAGAUCUAUCGUGAACGAAAUGAAUCUUUGAUUGUCGAUUGGUUCCAAGGACAGUUCCGCAACAAGUUGACAUGCUUGACGUGUGGAAAGACAUCAACCACAUACAAUGCUUUCUUGUACCUCUCCUUGCCAAUCCCUCCAACUGCUCGUGGAAUGGGCAACAAAGUCACCCUAGCACAAUGUUUGGACGCAUUCACGAAGGAUGAAAUCUUGGAUAAAGCGGAUGCAUGGCAUUGUCCAAGGUGCAACAAACCGCGAAAAGCGACGAAGAAGUUGACGAUCUCACGUCUACCACAAGUGCUCUUGAUUCAUUUGAAGAGAUUCUCGUUCAAAGGACCGUUUACCGAUAAGAUUGAAACGAAUGUGUCCUUCCCAACAUCCAAUUUGGAUCUGACGAAUUAUAUGCCACCGCCUCUACCGCCAGGAGCUGUUCCGAAAGGAAUGCCGAUCAGUUCAAGUCAACAACCUCCAUAUGUGUAUGAUUUAUACGCAGCAACCCAUCAUUUUGGUAGUCUAAGCGGUGGACAUUAUACCGCCACCGUUCGUGCACAAGAUGAGAAAGGUCAACCUGUUUGGAAAUAUUGCGAUGAUAGUAGGAUCACGACUGCUGAUGAUCGUCAAAUUCAUAGUCCUUCAACGUAUAUACUUUGGUGGCAUAGAAAAGGUCGCUGAGAGAGAGAAGGUUGCUUUUAUAUAUUAUUUGAAGUUGGAAAUGCCUCCUUCUUUCUAUCCAUCAAUUCAAAGAUGUAUUCUAUUUUUCGCACAAAUCUAUGCUUUUUCUCUGUC